AUGAAAGCAAAGAAAUUUAGAUUCAAUAGUUACUUUAUCCGUUGUGGAUGCUGCUACGAAGAUGGCUGCUGCUGUGAUGAUGGAUACGGCUGCUUUGAUUGCUGCUUAUACAGCUGGUCUCUUCAGAUUUCGGAUGAUAAUAAGACUUGGAAGGACGUUCAUUCAGUCAGCAAAGACAAUGAUAUGAGGAGAUGCACUGAAAAGACUUAUAAGUUAGAAAGAGAAUAUACAGCAAGAUUUGUCAGGAUUCUUCAAACUGAGGCUUGCCCAGGAUUUCCACUAUGCAUGGCUCUGAAUAGGAUAGAACUCUUCGGUGAUGCUGUCGCAUUAUCAGAAGAUUAUAAUGAAGAAUUUGUGUCAUAUCACGAUGAUGACGAUGAUGUAAGUAUUAUUGGCCAUAUCUCCAAGAACGGAAAUUCUAAUGCAUAA